AUGGCUCUCCCAAUUAGUAGCCCAUCCCCACGACUGGAUCGGUUCGAACAAGCCAUGGAAUCACUCUACGGCAGUUUCACCAGCAUAAUAGAGCCAGCAGACUGGGAUCCACCACCCAGAUCAGGCGGCCACCGAGGUCGAUACCUAUGGACAGACGCGUUCGGUGUAAUCAACUUGUUGACAAUGCACAUCCAGUAUAACAUAUCCACCGAACCAGAUCGCUGGGACAAGCGAUACCUCGUGCUCGCAGACCGUCUGAUCAAUACCGUGCAUGAUGUACUUGGAAGAACUCGCGACGGAUGUUCCAGGCUGCCAGGAGCGACAGAUGCCAAUCCGCUGGGUGGGGGGUUACGAAUUGGCAAGACGGAUGAUCAUGGCCCAGAUACAGAUGGGCAAUACCACCACUACCUCACUCUUUGGAUGUUUGCGCUGAAUCGGAUGGCGAGGGCUUCUGGGAAUGUUGAGUAUAACAGACAAGCGGUGCAACUGGCCAAAGCGAUUCAUGCAAAGUUUUUUGUUGAUCGUGUCACUGCUCGUCCGAGAAUGGUCUGGAAAAUGAAUAUGGAUUUGACCAAGGCAUUGGUUGCAUCAGAAGGGAAUUUGGAUCCUAUUGAUGGAUAUGUUGUCUUUCGCUUGCUGCAGGCUUCGUCCGUGGAGUCUGGUGAUGGAGAGGUCUUGGCCGAGGAGAUUUCCGAUUACAAGCGCGUUCUGAAAAGAAAAGGGGAGCAUUACGUUUCGAGUGACCCCUUGGAUUUGGGAAUGACCUUGUGGACGGCACAUUGGUUUUCUGAGCGAGAGGCAUGGGCUGCAGAAUUGGCUGGGAGAUGCUUUGAACAAAUGUACAAUCUAUUCGAAAUAAACCGCUAUCUGGAACGGAAUAUCAAAUUUCGCUUGGCUUUCCGUGAAUUUGGCACCUGCAUGGGCAUAGAAUGCCAGGCCAAGCAAGCCAACGAGAAAGAGCGCGCUGUGGAUUUGAAGACAUUCUCGGCUGCCAUUAUUGCUGCUUGGGACCCUUACAUGGAGCUCGCUAUCGCUGAUGAUCUGACCCCGGAAGAUCUGAGGCCUAUCACUCGGGUGAUGUAUGCAGCUGCGUUGAUUCCAGGAGCAUUCCAAAGUGAUUACCUGGGCCCCGAAGCUGAGCCAGUACCUGAAAGUUGA